UAAAAGAAAAAUGGCAGCUACCAGAAAAUUCACAUUCAUUGCUAUAAGCUUCUGCUAAAGAAGAGAAAACCUUCUCUGGGUUCUCCUCGCAAAAGAACUGCAGGGGGACCCCGCCUGCCUCUCCACCAAAUUGGGUUUUGAUGAUCCUUCGUCAAACCCUUUUUGAUUUAUGAUAUAAAUUUGUUAAUCUUAAACCUUUUUACGUUUAUUUUUUUCCAAAAUUGCCUUUGAAAUUGCGUACAAUUCAAGCACUUCUUCGCUACCUACACUCUUUCCGUCCGUUUGUUGUUAUCUUUCCCACUACGCGUCUAUUCUCUAAGCUUCAUUCUUUUUUGAACAUAACCAUUUUUCUGAUUCCUUGUCCCUGCAUUAGAUUCUUCUUCCAUACAGAAGAAAAGCUUGAUGCCUGUUACCAAAAGAUCUUUUUUUUUCCCCCUUUUAUCUGUCUGACUCUAAAUUUUGUGGCUUUUCGAGUUGAUUGGAUCUAAUUUGAUCUGGGUUUCUUCUCUUCCGCCAUUCAUUGCGGGUUCUUAUUGAUUUCUUAUAGUUAAGGACUUCAUCGACCAUGAAUAGAUGGCUUAGCAAAAUUUUUAAAGGCUCCAGUCAUAAUAUUUCAGAUGACCAUUAUCACGGAAAUUAUGGAGAGGAUCCUAAUUAUUAUGCUCCGUCUACUUCUGAGGUUGUGUGGUCAGAGCAGGAGAAUGAAGGAUUGUCAGAGAAGGAGAAUGAAGACAUUAAUCGUGCUAUUGCACUCUCCCUUUUAGAGGAAAAUCAUUAUGGAAAAAUUGUUAUUGAUAAUGAGACUCAGCUGGAAGAAGAUGAACAACUUGCUAGGGCUAUACAAGAGAGCUUGAAUGUUGAAUCUCCUCCUCCUCAGUAUGGAUAUGAAAUUGGAAAUAGCCAUGGCUACCAAGGAAAUGGCCAUGGCUACCAAGGAAAUGGCAAUGCAUACCAAGGAAAUGGUAAUGCAUACCAAGGAAAUGUAUAUCAACCCAUCCCAGUUCAGUUUCCAAUGGGGUAUAGGAUUUGUGCUGGUUGCAAUAUGGAAAUUGGUCAUGGAAGAUUUCUAAAUUGCCUUAAUGCGUUUUGGCAUCCAGAAUGUUUCCGGUGCCAUGCCUGCAACCUACCAAUUUCUGAUUAUGAGUUCUCUAUGUCUGGGAAUUAUCGUUAUCAUAAAUCUUGCUACAAGGAGCGGUUCCAUCCAAAAUGUGAUGUUUGCAAGUGCUUUAUUCCAACAAACCCUGCUGGUCUUAUUGAAUAUAGGGCACAUCCUUUUUGGAUCCAGAAAUACUGCCCAUCUCAUGAACAUGAUGGUACUCCUCGGUGCUGCAGCUGUGAGCGAAUGGAGCCACGAGACACAGGAUAUAUUGCACUUAAUGAUGGUCGUAAACUCUGCCUAGAGUGCCUGGAAUCUGCAGUCAUGGACACCAAUCAAUGCCAGCCUCUUUACCUUGAUAUACAAGAAUUCUAUGAAAGUCUGAAUAUGAGAGUGGAGCAGCAAGUCCCACUGCUCUUGGUUGAGAGGCAAGCUCUAAAUGAAGCCCGGGAGGGGGAAAAGAACGGCCAUUAUCAUAUGCCAGAAACCAGAGGGCUUUGCCUGUCUGAGGAACAAACAGUCAGCAGAGUAUUAAGGCGGCCAAAGUUUGGGGCAGGAAACCGAGCCAUGGGCAUGGUAACAGAGCCCUUCAAAUUGACACGUCGUUGUGAGGUGACCGCAAUUCUCAUAUUGUUUGGCCUCCCAAGGUUGCUUACUGGGUCAAUCCUGGCUCAUGAGAUGAUGCAUGCAUGGAUGCGGCUUAAGGGUUUCCAACAUCUCAGUCAAGAUGUUGAAGAGGGCAUUUGUCAGGUACUUGCACAUAUGUGGUUAGAGUCACAGCUUCAGUCUGGUUCAGGCAGCAAUGUUGCUUCAUCCUCUGCUUCUCAAGCUCCAAACUGGGUUACAAGAUCUACGUUUGAGAAGAAGCUUGGAGAUUUUUUUAAGCAUCAGAUUGAAUCAGACACUUCUCCAGUUUAUGGAGAUGGAUUCAGAAUAGGCCACCAAGCAGUGCAAAAAUAUGGCCUUCCACAGACACUUGACCAUAUUCGAAUAACAGGGAGAUUUCCGUAUUGAAGUCCUAAGCCUCCCCUUUUUUUUGACAGAGUUAAAAAGCUUUGGUCUUUUUCCAUAUUACCCCAAGGCCAAAGCACACUGCAAAUAGGAAUUAUUUUCUGUGGUAGAUUUCAGGAGUUCUGUGAUUUUGUUUUCGGUCUCAGGGCUAUGGCGCCAUUGAAUAUCUGCUUUUGGUGAAUUUAUUAUUUAAUGAGAAAAUUUUCAUUCUUUGAUUUCA